UCAGGAAAUGCAACAGGUGGAAAACUAUUCGUUCUCGGAAUGAGCUGUUGUUGUUGUUCCCCGUACGUUUGGACAUUUUGCACGCAAAGCAAGCUAGCGAAGGAAGGUGCACUUCUUGAAGAGAACGCUGCCUGAAUUUGGACACUCGAGGAAGGGGAAAAAUAACAAUUCGUCGCACGUCCAGCCACGGAAAAACCCGCAGCCAGGCACCAUGGAUGACAGCUUGAGUAACUCCAAUGUGAAGGUCGCAGUUCGCGUCCGACCAAUGAACAGAAGAGAAAAGGACCUGAAGACCAACUGUGUGGUGGAGAUGGAGCGGAACCAGACCGUGUUGAACCCUGCGAGUCAGAACCUCAGCAAGGGAGACCCCCGGAAUCAGCCUAAGGUCUUUGCUUAUGACCACUGCUUCUGGUCCAUGGACGAGGCAAACACAGACAAGUUUGCAGGUCAAGACGUCGUGUUCCAGUGCCUUGGAAAGAGUCUUCUGGACAAUGCCUUCUUGGGCUAUAACGCCUGUAUCUUCGCCUAUGGACAGACAGGCUCAGGGAAGUCGUACACCAUGAUGGGUUCAUCAGAGCAGCCAGGUCUGAUCCCCCGGCUGUGCAGCUCUCUGUUUGACCGGACCCUACAGGAACAGAGGGAGGGAGAGAGCUUCACUGUAGAGGUCUCCUUUAUGGAGAUAUACAACGAGAAGGUCCGGGAUCUACUGGACCCUAAAGGAAGUAAUCAGGCCCUGAGAGUGAGGGAACACAAAGUGUUUGGGCCUUAUGUUGAUGGUCUGUCCCGUCUGGCUGUAGCCUGCUAUAAGGACAUAGAGUGUCUGAUGUCAGAGGGUAACAAGUCUCGUACAGUAGCAGCCACCAAUAUGAACGAGGAGAGCAGCAGGUCCCACGCUGUCUUCAACAUCAUCCUCACACACACUCUCAUGGACCUGGGCUCUGGGACCAGUGGUGAGAAGGUCAGUAAUCUGAGUCUGGUGGAUCUGGCCGGCAGUGAGAGAGCUGCUAAGACUGGAGCUACUGGAGAGAGGAUGAAGGAGGGAAGCAACAUCAACAAGUCUCUAAGCACGCUGGGCCUGGUGAUCUCAGCGCUGGCAGACCAAGGAGCAGGGAAGAACAAAACCAAGUUUGUUCCCUACAGAGACUCAGUUCUCACCUGGCUGCUCAAGGACAGUCUGGGCGGUAACAGCAGGACAGCCAUGGUGGCCACAGUGAGUCCAGCAGCUGAUAACUAUGACGAGACGUUGUCCACGCUGCGCUACGCUGACCGGGCUAAGAGCAUCGUCAACCACGCCGUCGUCAACGAAGACCCCAACGCACGCAUCAUCAGAGAGCUACGGGAGGAAGUGGAGAAACUACGGGACCAGCUCACUGAGGCUGAGUCUAUGAAAGCUCCAGAUCUGAAGGAGAGGCUAGAGGAGUCAGAGAAACUGAUUCAGGAGAUGACUGUUACCUGGCAACAGAAACUACGCAAGACUGAGGCAGUCGCUCAGGAGCGUCAGAAACAGUUGGAGUCUCUAGGUAUCUCUCUCCAGUCGUCUGGCAUCAGAGUGGUAGACGACAAGUGUUUCCUUGUCAACCUCAACGCCGACCCCGCCCUCAAUGAGCUGCUGGUUUACUACCUAAAGGAACACACACGUGUAGGAUCCGCUGACUCUCAGGAUAUUCAGCUGUGUGGGAUGGCCAUCCACCCUGAACACUGUGUCAUCACCAUCGCUGCUGAGAUUGGAGUGGUGCUCACGCCACAUCGCAGCGCCCGUACGUGUGUGAAUGGCUCUUCAGUCACCAACCCAGUCCAGCUUCACCAUGGAGACAGGAUCCUAUGGGGAAACAACCACUUCUUCAGGAUCAACCUGCCCAGACACCUAGCCUGUGUGGGGGGUGAGAAUGAGGAGGGUAGUGUGAUGAAGAAUUGCCUCAGUACUGACCAGUUGGAAGUGGACUUGGAUACAGCCAGUAAUGUGUCCAGUGAGGUCAGCUUUGGCUACGAGUUCGCCCAGACAGAGGUCAUGAUGAAGGGCAUGGACAACAACGACCCCAUGCAGUCUGUCCUCCAGACGUUGGAGCGACAGCACGAGGAGGAGAAGAGGACGGCUCUGGAGCGCCAGAGACGGAUGUAUGAGCAGGAGCUGCAGCAGCUGAGGAAACGGCUGCCCCCUGCAGAGAAACACACCCUGCUGCUGCAGACCCCUGGGCCAACAGGCCUGGACCCGGCCGGACCCUCACCAUCCGCAGCAUCAUCACCCUGCGCCCAGACACGCAUGCGAAGGUGGAGUGAGGACAGAGAGGCGAUGAUGACUCGUAGCCUGCGUAGACUGAGAGAACAGAUAAUCAGAGCUAACCUGCUGGUGCAGGAGGCUGGGUUUAUAGCUGAGGAACUCAACAAGAGGACAGAGUACCUGGUCACACUGCAAAUACCUGCUGCUAACCUCGACGCCAACAGGAAGCGUGAUGCGGUGCUAAGUGAGCCUGCGGUGCAGGUGAGACGUAAGGGUAAAGGGAAACAGAUCUGGGAUCUGGAGAAGAUGGAGAACAGACUGGUGGACAUGAAAGAACUCUACCAGGAGUGGAAAGACUACGAUGAAGACAACCCUGUGAUGCGUUCCUACUUCAAGCGUGCCGACCCGUUCUUUGACGAGCAGGAGAACCACAGUCUGAUAGGAGUGGCCAAUGUGUUUCUGGCCUGUCUCUUCUACGACGUCAAGCUGCAAUACGCUGUACCUAUCAUCAACCAGAAUGGAGAGGUGGCAGGCCGUCUACACGUGGAGGUGUGGCGAGGCAGCGAGGGGCUGGAGGAAAUAGAGACCACCCAGACCAGUCCAGACGGAGAGACGCAGGAACGCAACAUUGAAUGUGUGGUGAGGAUUCUGCAGGCUACAGGUCUUCCUCGCCACCUGUGUAACUUUGUGUUCUGCCAGUACCACUUCUGGGGGCAGGAUAAGCCUGUGUUCAUCGCCCCGGAGGUGGAGCCCUCGCCCCCAUCAGCCACCAGCAGAGAGCCCCUCUGCACCGUACUUUUUGACAGUAGCAAGGAGCUGGAGGUGUGCGUGUCUGAGGAGUUUGUGGAGUUUGUGGCUGAGGGGGCGUUGGCCAUCGAGGUGUUCGGACAUAAGCAGGUGAACCACCGCAGGAACCUGGCUCUCUGGGACCUCGGGGUCAUUCAGGCCAAGACACGAACCCUCAGAGAGAGGUGGAGUGAGGUGACCCGUAGGCUGGAGCUCUGGGUUCAGGUGUUGGAGCUGAAUGAAGCAGGAGACUUCAACCCUGUAGAGGUCCUACCACCCAAGGACGUACGCACCGGGGGCAUCUUCCUACUCAAACAGGGCCAGUCUCGUCGUUUGAAGGUGGAGGUACGGUCCGUAAAGGACUCAGGAACCAUGCCCCUCAUCGCCACAAACGUCCUCUCUGUUUCCAUUGGCAACGUGGAGGUACGGCAGGCCCGCCCCUGGGAUGAGGACAUGGACAGCUAUCAGGAAGGAGAUCUGGAGAGGUUGAGGGACCAGUGGCUGACCACCCUUACUACUAGGCAACAGUACCUGGACCAGCACCUGCAGAAGAUGGUCCAAAAGCCAGAUAAGUCCGAGGAUGACGUGGAGAGGGAGGCCCAGCUGUUGGAGUGUCGUCUGACCCUGACAGAGGAACGUAACGCCGUCCUGGUACCUUCAGCUGGUAGCGGCAUCCCUGGAGCUCCCGCUGAGAGAGUUCCUGUUCCUGGGAUGGAGGCGCACAUUCCUGUUCUCUUCCUGGACCUCAGUGCUGAUGAUUUCCAGGAUAACUUAUCUGCUACACUGGCUGGGGGUCUAGAUGCCAUGCUUAACCAGGAGGAUGAGGAUGCGUUCUUUGACCUGCACAUAGUCAAGCACUACGAUGAAGAGGUCGGUGCGGAGGCGUCGUGGGACUCUACGGUACAUGACUGUCCCCAGCUGAGUCGCAGUGUGGCAGCUGACCUCAGGGUGUACCUGACUGUCAGGGUCAUAGUUCAGCUCUCUCACCCUGCUAACAUGCAGCUGGUCCUCAGAAAACGCAUCUGUGUCGUCCUAGCCGGACAACAGGGUUGGGGUCAGAGUCUGUUGAAGAGGAUGUCUCAUCGCAGCACCAUCCCUGGCUGUGGAGUCACCUUUGACGUCGUCUCCAAUAUACCCGGGGAUAUCCAGGGUCCAGAGGACAGAGAGAUGCUGGCCAGACUAGCAGCCAGUGUGGAUGUUCAGGAUGGCCAGUCAGCUGACAGUGAGGCUGCCAUAGAGAAGUACCUCCGCAGCGUCCUGUCUGUGGAGAAUAUACUCACCCUGGACCGAUUACGACAGGAAGUAGCAGUGAAGGAGCAGUUGUCUGUCAAGUCCAAGUCUCUCAGCUCUCCUAACGUGAACCGGCUGUCAGGAUCCUGGAGCAGACAGGAUCUGUCCUCCAAUCACAGGCUAAAUGACAACAAGGGCUGGUCAGAGAGUCACCAGGAUCUGUCAGUGUUCUCUCCACCGUCCAACUCCAGACGCACCCUCCCUAGCUCUGCUCUGCCUCUGGCCCAGAACAUCCACCCUGAGACUGUCAAGGCUCUGGUUCCUCCUGUCCCCAAACUGCUCAAGUCCCUGUUCCCCACCAGGGAGGAGAAGAGAGACCUGACCCAUGUCCCACAGCAGCCUCUCCCUCAGAGCCUACCUCGAAUCGUAGUGCAGUCAGCAAGCGUUGAAGAGGACUUGGAUACUAAACUUAGUCGUCACUUGGUUCCUAUUGGGGAAAUCAUCCCCCCAGAGAGCCAAUCAGAGGCCCUGAAAACCAUGCCCCUCCCCCCGCCUAUCAUCCAGCCCACCAUCCCUGAGAUAGAAGACCCCGCCGCCAGUCCGGUCAGCGAGGCAUCCAGUGGCUACGUGUCCACCAGCGUCUCCACAGCAACCCUGUCAGAGGCCUACCUGAUUUGUGGUGACCUCACUCUGUCAGCCAAUCUCAGGCCAGACGGCUUUGAGGCGACGCACAGGUCGUUCGAGGCCGACAUCGGUCAGUAUCUUCAUCGGGAGUCUAACAUGGCCGGCCAGGAGGAAGAGUCUCCUCGGAUACCACAGGCCGCUGCUACUGACCUGGAGGCUUCAGAGACGCAGAGCACUGAUACUAGUACGCCCCAGGUAGACAGGACCGAUACCGAUACACUCGGAGCAGAAUCUCCUCUCCCGUUGAAACCACGUGGAACUUCAGCAGAACCUCUUCUCAUAUCAGAACCCUAUGAAUCCUCAGGAGAACCUGAAGAUGUGACUCCACCAGAGCCACUGACACAGUCCACACCACACAAGUUCACACAAGAAUACUACAGACUACUACCAUCUGUAGUAGCCAACCAGACGGAACAAUCAAUCCAGCCGGUCAAGUCUGUACAAGAACAAAUGUCUUCACCAGACAAGUCAACAGAAAAACUGUCUGUGCUAUUAGACCAGUCAGAACCACCAGUCCACAUAGAAGAACCAGUCCAGUUAGAAGAACCACCAGUCCACAUAGAAGAGCCAGUCCAAUUAGAAGAACUACCAGUGGAGCCAGAGUCACCUUGGGAACAGCGUGAGACAACAGCUGAGUCCGCAUCACCUGGUGAGCCAGAGCUACCAGAAGAACAACACCAGCUGGCACCUCUAGACCAGCUGGCACCUCUAGACCAGCUGGCACCUCUAGACCAGCUGGCACCUCUAGACCAGCUGGCACCUCUAGACCAGCUGGCACCUCUAGACCAGCUGGCACCAACAUACAAACUAGCACCGGCAGACCAGCCUGAACCUGCACUUACCCCUGUAGAGCCUCUGGUUGUCAAGCCUGCACCUAGCCAGCCAGCCGAAGACCCAGCCCUAGCCCCAUCCAUAGCUCUAGCCCUAGCCCCAUCCAUAGCUCCAGCCCCAACCCUAGCUCCAGCCCCAACCCUAAUCCUCUCCGACUCAGACGAAGGAGCCAGUGACACAGCCACAGCAGUGCCUGACUGGCUGAAGGAGGGGGAGUAUGUGACUGUAGGAACUAAUAAAAGUGGCACGGUGUGCUACGUGGGACCUACGGACUUCGCUGACGGAACCUGGGUCGGAGUGGAGCUGGACUUACCUGCCGGGAAAAAUGACGGGUCCGUGGGUGGAAAGCACUACUUCCACUGUAACCCUGGUUACGGGGUGUUGGUGCGUCCUGAUAGGGUGAGCCGUGGAGGAGUCGGGGGCGGGGCUAAGCAGAAGCGGCGACAGCAGCAGAAGCGUCGCAGUGCUAACCUAUCAGGGUCCAGCUCUAACCUGGCUGCCCUCACUGCCCUGGCAAAGGGAGAGGGGGCUGGGGCUGGGGCUGGGGCUAGUCGCAAGGGAGAGGGGGCUGGGGCUGGGGCUGGGGCUGGGGCUAGUCGCAAGGGAGAGGGGGCUGGGGCCGAUCGCAAAGGAGACAACCAUAAAUCCGGGAACAGCUGA